UCCAAGGGGAAAAGAAGAAAGCUCUCAGCUCUCUGCUGGGUUUUUUCAGAGUUUUUGAUCAAAACAUCUUGGUCAGCUGUUCAGCUUUUCCUGUUUUUUUUUCUUUUUCGUUUCCACUUCGCCAUAUCUUUUGGGUGGGAAGAAAAGGGAAAAGGACAAGCAGUGCCACCCUCCCAUUAGCACCGAGACGACCCCAGUGAGUCUCCUCUCUCUCUCUUGUCUGUUUUGUGUGUACACAGUUUUUUGGCAACAAGGGCUCGCUCGCUCCACCAUCAUUCGACUCUGAUCGCCCGUUUAACCUACGUAUUUUAUUUCGCCCCGUGCUACCACCAAUUAGGCACGAACGGAAAUUUAUUUAACGUCGCAGACGAGGUCGAGGAAUCGUGUUACAAAGCAGGUGUGUGAGUGUCUCUUGUGUGUGGAAAAAGUGUUGUGGUGGACAUGCAGCCUGCUCCCCGAAGAAGUUGAAGACCUACAACACCACCCCCUACUUACCAGGGAGAAGAGAUUGACGGUGGCUCCUCAACUUGGGCAAGAUUCCGCGUAAGGUGUCUGGCAUCCCGCCGUCUCUUGAAGGAAGAGCAGCGUGGAUUGGUGAGCAACAGCAACUUGGUGGGGAGGCGCAGUUGGCCGGUCAUCUGGCCUCACUAGGCCACGCCAUACUGGCCUCGAACAGUGAAGAAUCCGAUGAAGGUGGAGCAGCCCAGCCACCCAAAAAGAAGCUCCGCUCCUCACCCUGCUCAGCUCUACCCAGCACCAAUAUGCAGCAGCAGCAAGCUACAGCAGCCAAGAAUGGCUGUUCAUCAAAAGAUGCCAAUAAUGGCAAUAAAAACGAAGACGGAAUCGAGUCGCUCUACGGAUUGAAGGAAGUCGACGGCGUCGUGGGAGGCAUCAAGCAUGGAUUACUUCAUUCCGACGCCGAUCCCAGUUUCGCCGAAUUGGAUGGGCUCAUUCAGCCCAAAAACGUUUCGAAAACUGACCAGGAGAUUGUGCGCAUCAUCGGCCAGCAUUUGACCUCGAUAGGACUCCAUCGGAGCGCAGAGGUGCUCAUGCAAGAGUCGGGGUGCAGAUUGGACCACCCGGCCGCCGCCAAGUUCUGCCAGCACGUCAUGGAUGGCGAUUGGAAUAAGGCCGAGAUGGAUCUGAGCGAAUUGAAGAAUGUCCUGGUUUGCCCUCAGAAUUUGGUGGAAAUGAAAUUUCUGCUCCAGGAGCAGAAAUACCUCGAGUGCCUGGAAGACGGUCGUGUUAUGGAGGCGCUGAACGUUCUGCGCCACGAGUUGACGCCUCUCGGACACAAUGUGGUACGCGUUCACGAGCUCUCCGGUUUUAUGAUGUGCUCCACUGGCGAAGAGCUGCGCGAAAUUGCCCGAUGGCAGGGCAAAGGACACGUGUCACGCGGAGCUCUCAUGGAGAGACUUCAGCGCUUCUUGCCCGCCUCAAUCAUGUUACCUCCUAGAAGGCUCCAGACUUUGCUGACGCAAGCCGUGGAUUCCCAGAAGGAGCGCUGUCCCUAUCAUAAUGUGAAAUCUAAUGCCCCUUUUGACAACGUCUCUCUGUUGAGUGAUCACCUGUGCUCCAAGGAUCAGCUUCCAUUGGAGACGUGGCAAGUUCUCAACGAUCACUGUGAUGAAGUUUGGUUCUGUCGCUUCUCCCCCGACGGCACCAAACUUGCUACCGGAUCUAAAGACACCACUGUGAUGAUUUGGAAUGUUGAUCCGGAAAACUGUUCGCUGACGCAUUUGAAGACGCUAGAAGGCCAUUCGUACGGCGUGGCUUAUUUAUCGUGGAGCCCAGACAGCAGCCACCUGGCCGCGUGUGGUCCAGACGAUUGUCCGGAACUGUGGGUUUGGCAAGUGGAGACGGGACAACUUCGGGUCAAACUGUCACACGCAUCCGAGGACUCGCUGACGUCGUGCUCCUGGCACCCGGAUGGAAGACGCUUUGUGGCCGGCGGUUGCCGUGGCCAAUUUUAUCUUUGCGAUUUGGAGGGCAACGUUCUGGAAUCGUGGGAGGGAGUUCGCGUCCAGGCAUUGGCCUGGAAGGCGGACGGCAAGACUGUGUUGGCCGCUGACACGCAUCAUCGCAUUCGUGGUUACAAUUUCGAUGACCUGACCGACUGCAACAUAUUGCAGGAAGACCAUCCCAUCAUGUCGUUCACGGUCAACAGUACAGGCCGUUUGGCUUUGCUCAACGUUGCCACUCAGGGUGUCCACCUGUGGGAUCUUCAGGAUCGCAUUUUGGUACGCAAGUACCAAGGCUUGACCCAAGGCUUUUACACGAUCCACUCAGGUUUUGGUGGACUAGGACAAGAGUUCAUUGCCAGCGGCAGCGAAGAUAACAAGGUCUUUGUAUGGCACAUACGUCGCGAAUUACCUCUGGCAACACUGACGGGUCACUCCAGAACGGUCAAUUGUGUUCACUGGAACCCGCGUUGGCCCCAUCUCCUCGCUUCAGCUUCAGAUGAUGGUACAGUACGCCUGUGGGGCCCGUCACAGGAGUGCCGAACUGCUGCUGCUGCUGCUGCUGCUGCUGCUGCUGCCGCCGCCACCGCCGCCAGUACCCAAGCCACUACUAAUAAUUCGGCCGCUGCUCCAGGAUCGGCCGUCACUAAUCAUUCGUCUGGUAGCCCCAAACCAUCGUCUAACUCAGGUCACCCAACUUUUAUUGGCGGUGCGUCGAAUGGAUCCUAGUUUAAUGUAUGCAAAUGUUUCUGUCUGCAAAAAAAAAGGAGAUAGUGUGGCGGGUUGCUAAUAACCAGUUCUCUCCCUCCCGUUAUAGAUGUUUAUGUACAUACGACAUUCGAGCGAUUUGGCGAUGGAAAGUGUAUUGCAGAGAAAGUGAUGCAUUUCUGGGAAGGGGAGGGCCACCAUUUUGCUUCACUUUCGAUGGGCGUCCGUCAAUUCUUAAUAAUAAAAGAUAACUUGUUCAUUUUUUUUCUGCUAUUGCUAGGCGCGUCAUUUUCUGUCCCCCAUCACAUCAUUCAAAACAGUCAAGUCGAAAAAUAGACAAUUCGAAGUUCACUCAUUUGGACGUCUUGUGUUUGAAUGUCUUCGUUUAUUUGACCGUUCAUCCCCUUUGAUGACAAAUAAAAGUAAUUUGGAAAACCAA